GAAGCGGUCGCAAAUUUAAACCGCCACCACGCAACAAUAAAAGCGUACUUUACUUUACGGGCUGUGUGAUGAACCAGUAUUUGAUGAAAAAUUAAACUAAAAUCGUGCCGAGGAUUUCUUUAAGGUCCAAACCUAACAGUCCAAGCAGAAGGCAGAGGUACGGAAGAAGAAAUAAGGAUGGCUGAGACAGAACAAGGAGAUGGUGUGAGCAAUGAGGGGGAGUCUAGUGUAGAUAUGUCCAGCAACAGUCCAAUUAAAAGAGGAAGGGGGCGACCACAAGGUUCAAAAAAGCUGAAGGUUUGCGUAACAGACGUUAACUUAAUGGAGCUGGUUUCAGGCAUUUCCAAUGGUGGGUCCACACAGCCCCAGAGAGGAAGAGGGCGUCCAAAACACACAGUGCAGGACGGGUCAGGAGAUGUCCAUUCUGAUAAUUCUGUGCAAACUCAUAGGGGUAAAGGGAGGCCAAAAGGGUCUAAGAAAGAGGCCAGUAAUGAAGGCAAUCCUGUGACAGACAUUUCUCCUAAAAAAAGAGGCAGGCCAAAAAAGUCUGUCAGUACCCCAGAGAAGGUUGCUGCUGAAGAUUUGCCAAACGGUGGCUCUAAUACUCCUAAAAUGGGAAGGGGUCGUCCAAAAGGAUCCACAAAGCGCAAAUCAGAAAGUUUAUCAAGUGGUGAAGAAGAUGAGGGUAGGUCUGUAAAACCCAGUAGAAGAGGUCGACCAAAGGGCUCUCUUAAUAAGAAACCCAGACUGGAGGAAGAGGUGAGCAGUGAGGGGGAAGCAGAAACUGAUGGAAGCCCGCCAAAAAGGGAGAGCGGUUGGCUCAGAAAGGUGGAGGCAAAUACCAGUGAGACGUUGACACAAGAUACAUCAAAUGGCAUCUCAAACAUGCCUCGGAGAGGGAGGGGAAGGCCAAGAAAAAGUUUUGAACAGAAGAAAAAAAAACAAAAACUGCUCACAGAUGGCUCCCAGCAUGGUAAGAGGGGAAGAGGUCGGCCCAAAGGUUCUUUAAACAAGAUGCGCCCUGCAUUUAAGUUGGUACAGUACGGCACAGCAAGCCGGCCUCGGAGAGUACAUGUCUCACCCCCAAAAGAGAAGCCUGCUCGACCAAAACAGCCAGCCAAAAGGGGAAGGCCAAGGAAGUAUCCUCUGCCAGCACCUGAGGAUCGGAAAAAGAAGCCGAAAGUAUGGAAGCCGCUUGGACGGCCAAGGAAAUACCCACGUGUUGAUCCCCCAGAGGGAGCUCCACCAGCCCCUCACAGAAGGCCUGGUCGGCCUCGCAAGUCUGAUUCUAAGAGAGGCGCACACUUACGCAAGAAUUGGCCUACCACUCCAUCCUCACCUCGCAACCCCAAUGAUGGACCCCCAAGAAAAAGAGGCCGCCCCCCAAGUGCUGCAGAAAGUGGAGAUGUCACACCACGGAAAAGAGGCCGCCCUAAAGGUUCUGUCAACAAAAAUAAAGCCAGUAGUGAAACACAGCUCGACAGCGCAAUCCCAAACCAUUCAAAAGUAAAGAGUGAGUCAUCUGUGGUUGAGGUGGAAUUUGAAGGAGAGCCAGCAGAAGAGGAGGUGGAGCAUGAUGCGCAGACGAUACCCACCGCCGAUGAUACUAAAGAAACGUUGAUUGAACAGGAUGCAAGCUUGGGAGUUGGUAACCAGGCUUGAUAAACGAUCCCGGUGUGACCAAAAAAGUUGCUGUAGUAGUUGCUGUUGAAAACAUAGAAUACAAUCUUUGUCAAUGAAAACACACGUUUUUAACAUUUUGUCAGUUGAGUAGGCUAGAUAUUCAGCAGCUCCUCGGUUUUUCUAACUAACUUGUUCAUCUUGUUUUAUUGUGCUUGAUUAUUUUUAAAAGAAAACUAUUUCUGUCAUUUGAGUAAGCAGUACUACUAAUAACCUUUUACUUGAACUGGCAUGUAGAGUUUAUUAUUAUAGACUGAUUGUUCCAGUUUUCAUUGAGCUUUCAGAUCUAGUGUUUGUCACUUUAAAUGUGCAAGUAAAACAGUUGUUGGGGAAUGACUUGUAGGAGAAGAAGUCCAAACAACUGUUGGAGAGAGGAGAAAAAAGAAGAAAAGGAAAAAAAAACACUAACAGUGAAAACAUAGAGAGCCGAAGUCCUGGCAUCAGAUCUGUGCUAUAACUUCCUUUCCACUAGCUUCUGUAACUGUCUAUUUAGCUUCAUCUGUCUUUCUAGAAAAAUUAAAUCUUUUCCUUGGGUUUACUUUCCAUAUUCUAAGAUAAACUGGCAUAUCAGUAUAGAGCGAUAUGUGAUAUUUGCCAACUGAUGUCCAAACACCUCCUUUUUUUUAAAUGUAUGUCCCCUUGAUUUUAAAAUAUUUUUACAGUUUUAUAGGAACAGAGAGGAGAGGAAUAUUGACAUAUAGAUCCUAAAAACUAUAUUUAUUAUCGCUAACCUGUAUUUGGCAUGUCACAAGAGAUAAAUUAAAAAAUUCACUGACAGGAUUAGAACUUGGAGGAAGUUUUUUAUUUUUUUUAUUUCACCGUUUCAUUAAAGGGGCUAUAAUGAAUAUUUUUUAUAAUAAUAGCGUGUGAAAUGACAAUGUGAAAGCAGUUACUUAACCAUGCUUAACCCACAGAGAAUUAUCACCUGGAUCUGCAGCUCCCUUUGGCUUUAAAAGAGCUUUAUAGUGAGUUUCAGCUCAUGUUCUAGUCCAGUUCUGUCCAGUCCUUAAAUUUCCUCACCGUCUACGCUCUCAUAGAGUUUUCAGUUGUUUUUAGCAAAAAAGCCACAGCACACAGCCUGCUCUGCACCAAACAGCAAAAAGACACAGUCAGUGACUAGCUGCUGAACAUAAUGCAGCAUUUAGCAGCUAAAGAGCAAGAUAUUUCCCUCAGGAGUUGGUAGAGACCAAAAACAGAGCAAAAAGUGAAUAUGGGACUUGCAUUCACCUGGUGGUCAUAAACAUUACUCCAAAUGAAUGAUAAUGUUAAUCUGUAGCUGCUGGACAAGUAAAUACUUCACCAAUAUCAACUUAAAAGGUGAUUAUAUUUCAAUGAUGUGCUCUCAAAUUGUUUCCGCUGCGCCAAAGUGGCCAAAACAAGUUGAAGCAGGUUUAGGCCAUGAUGCACUAUGGCUUAUUGGAACUUGUUAAGGGCAGCUUAAAUCAGAAAAACUGACACCAGCGAUAUUAGAACCAUGCAGAUACAAAAGUCCAAAAAAAGACCACUUUCCCAUUCACCAGGAAAGUACUGUUGAUAAGACUGGAAUUUUAGUUAUUUAUGUCAUUCAAAUUAUUGUGAAGCAUUACUUCGGCUCUCUAUUGAGUAUCUGUGGGGAGAGUUUUGGGGUUUUGCAAAAUAUGUCUAAAUGAUGUCAUUAUUUUUCUCAAUGCCAUUUCAGAGUUUAUCAUAUCGCCAUAUUUGUUUUUGCCUUAAUUGUCAAAGCUAUGAAUGUACCAUCAGUCUCAAUUAAUUUAGAUCAAUGAGUUGUACCGCAUAGAUCGUUUCAUGCAUUACUGGAUUUGACGAAAAGCUCUGUAUCAAACGCCUUCCCGUCGCUCAUAGUCGCCUUGAAGAUUUCCUCCUCCACUUGUAGCAUCUACUCUUUUUUUGUUUCAGCUGCUGUUGAGUUGCAGUCAUUAUUUCAGCCUUUAUGCUGUUUACGUGCAGCUGUGAAAUCUUUUCUGUUUUUUAAUAAUUUGGGACUGUCAUGAAAUUAAAUUCAAGUGAUUGGAUUGAUUUCACAAACAUUAAUUUACCUGUUUUUGAGCAUUUGUGUAAAAACUUGUGUGACAUGACUUGUACAUCACAUCAUUACUGAUAUUAACAUCUUAACGGUUGGGUCAAACAAUUGACGUUUCUAAAUGCCAAACUGCUUCUGUGUGUGUCCAGUUAUCAUAUGUAAAACAAUGUGAGAUGAGGAUGGAAAUAGAGGCUUAAGGUUUUGAAAAAUCACAUUGAAAUUUGAAAUGGCUUUGUGAAGUCAAAUCAUUUUAAGUGGACAUAUUUGGAUUUUGUGUGUUUUAACAAGAAGCUAAUAAUUUAUGGCGAGUAUGGUCUUGAAAUAAAAUGUUGAUCUUGCCGUUUUAUUUUU